AUGUGUUCGAAAAAUAUAUUCGUAUUAUUAAUUGCGGUUUUUGUGUUAAAUUAUGCUGAUGGUCAAAGGGAUAAGAAAUUUUUUCGUAAAGACUACAAGUAUUUAGAAGCGACACAAAGUUUUUAUAAGAUUCACACAUUGCACAGGACAUGGAAGGAUGCUAAGCAGAUGUGUGCGUUAGAGGGCGCUAGUCUUUUCUACCCGGAAGACGACAAUGAGGCACAAACAGUGCUGGCGUUUUGGAACACAACGCAGCCAUUCAGAUGGGUAUUCAUUGGUAUCUCAGAUUUGAUCGCCAAGGGUGUUUUUGAAACAAUUGACGGUAUUCCGGUAAGCGACGUAUACAAUAACUGGGGUCCAGGUGAGCCCAACGAUGCCAAUGGUAACGAAGACUGUGUGAUUUUAAGACGAGACGGAACCCUUAACGACGAUCGAUGCUUCGCCAAGUAUCCUUUUAUCUGCAAGAAGAGCCUCGUGUCACUGGAGUGGAACCAGGAAUGUAACAUGCCUAAUUUAGAUUAUACAUUCAACGAAAAAUUAGGAAGAUGCUACAAAUUCCACUUGAAACCAUUAAAUUGGACUGAGGCGUACGCUGUGUGCAGUACUGAACAGGCCUAUUUGGCGGUUAUUAAUACACAAACUGAGGCUGACUACCUUGUAGCAAUGACAGAGAGUGCACCGAAGAACCAAGUCACAGGAGACUUUAUGGCUGGAGCUGUUCUCCUAGGCUUUCACGAUAGAAGCGACGAGGGCUGGCAGACUGUCAGAGGUACAUCACUUGCAGAUAGCGGCUAUGCAAACUGGGGAUAUGGUCAGCCUGAUGGUGCAACUCGGGGAGUGGAUGAGCGUUGCGGUUCGAUGUUCUAUAACGGUCACUUGAAUGAUAUUCGAUGCGAUAGAAAAUGCUUCUUCAUCUGUGAACACGAGGUUGACACGCUCACUACGGACUUUGACAACAGAUUCGGUGACAAAAGACGCUAG